UCCAAAUAUGUUGGUCAAGUGAUUCGAAUUUUCUCAGAUAUAUUUUGCAGCAUGGGGCCAAAUGUGAAAACACGAUAAUGACGAGUUUAACGUGUGCAUGCUAAAAAUGUGUUUAGAAACAUGUUUAACCAUUCACGAUAACAUCAUAUUUUACAAUCAUUGCCUUACGCUCGUAUAAUUACAUUACCUGCGAUAAGGAAACUCUUGGGGAAAAUGAUUAGAGUUUUAAAAACUGUUUUGACGUUUCCGCGUCACAACUGCGGUAUACCUGGCUGCAGCCCUUCUAAAAGUGUCAGAAAGGUACUUUGCAGAAAUGUUAACAGUUGUACAGAGCAGAAGUUUGACGUUAUCGUGGUUGGAGGGGGACAUGCUGGUACAGAGGCUGCGUGCGCCUCGGCCAGGAUGGGGGCGAGAACCUUACUACUCACCCACAAAAUCAGCACUAUAGGUGAGAUGUCCUGUAACCCAUCAUUUGGGGGGAUAGGUAAAGGACACUUGAUGAUGGAGGUGGAUGCUUUAGAUGGGGUCUGUGGAAGAAUAUGUGAUAAAACUGGAAUCCACUACAGAAUGCUAAAUCGCCCAAAAGGACCAGCAGUUUGGGGUCCUAGAGCUCAGAUAGAUCGGACAUUGUAUAAAACGGAGAUUCAGAGAGAGGUUCAGAAUUCUCCAAACCUGACUGUGAUGGCAGGGGCAGUAGAGGAUUUUAUCCUAGGACAGUGUCACAAUCCAGACCUUGAUACAAUGAAACAGAGAUGUUCUGGUGUAAUUUUAGAAUCUGGAGAGAAAGUUUAUGGAGAAUCAGUGGUUUUAACUACUGGGACAUUUCUUAGGGGGAUGAUUCAAAUAGGCUUGGAGGAGUUUCCUGCUGGACGGAUGGGGGACCAACCAGCUAUAGGUUUGGCCAAAAGUUUGGAAGAUGCUGGCUUUACUAUUGCUAGACUUAAGACAGGCACUCCUCCUCGUUUAGAUAAGAGAUCGAUUGAUUUCAGUAAGACCGUGGAGCAUGCACCGGAUGACCCGCCCCUACCGUUCAGCUACCUCAACACAGAAGUCUGGAUCAAGCCAGAAGACCAGUUACCAUGUCAUAUGACACACACAAAUGAGGAGGUAGAAAAAAUCGUCAUGGAAACCAUUCAUCUGAACAGACACGUGCAACAGGAAGUCAAAGGGCCAAGAUACUGUCCCUCUAUUGAAUCCAAAGUUUUAAUGUUCAAAGGCAGAAGACAUCAAAUAUGGCUGGAACCAGAGGGUCUGGAUAGUGAGGUCAUCUAUCCUCAAGGUAUAUCCUGUACUAUGCCUGAGGAACAUCAGCUGAGGCUUAUGCGAGCUAUCCCAGGUCUAGAGAAGGCUGCCAUUGUCAAACCAGGUUAUGGUGUAGAAUAUGACUUUAUGGAUCCCAGACAGCUCAAACCCACAUUGGAAACUAUCAAGAUACAGAAUCUCUUUUUCGCUGGUCAGAUAAAUGGCACGACAGGAUACGAGGAGGCUGCCGCUCAGGGCAUUAUUGCUGGAAUCAAUGCUGCAGCCAAAGUACAGGGCAAGCCUCCCUUCAUAGUCGACCGAACAGAGGGUUAUAUCGGGGUUCUCAUAGAUGACCUCAUCACCCAGGGAACCAAUGAACCGUAUCGUAUGUUCACCAGUCGAUCAGAGUUUAGGUUGUACUUACGACCAGACAAUGCAGACAAAAGACUUACCGCAAAAGGUUAUGAUAUUGGAUGUGUCAGUCCAACUCGAUACAACCACACAUUACAACAGUACAAGGAGGUGGAGGAGGCCAUUGAUAAACUCAAGUCUACAGUCAAGUACAUGCAGCAAUGGAACAAACUUCUACAACUACCAAUGAGCUCUAAUCCCAAACCAUACAGUGCUUUUCAGUUGCUUGCUGUACCUGGCAACACGGUAGAGAAAAUAGCAAUGGCAAUGCCUGAGAUAUUCAAGGACCUUCAUCUGAACAGGCAGCUGUGUCAUAAAGUCUUUGCAGAAGGUCUGUACGCCCAGGAGCUAGAAGAGCAGAUGAGCCAGAUAGAAGAGCUUCAGAAAGAGGAACAACUCCUGCUGCCAGAGAACAUUGACUACCUCAGAUUAAAUGAGAUUUCCAUGGAGAUAAGAAUAAAACUGGAUGAUGCCAGGCCAGCGUCUAUUGCUGCAGCCAGUAGAAUUCCUGGAGUUACCCCCUUGGCUCUAUUAAAGCUGUUACAGUUUGUGAAAAGAGCUUUGAAUAAACCUCAAAGUGCUGGCACUUUGCCUUUAGAAUCUAUUUGAGAAUUACAUUAGUUUUUAAUUGUUUGGCUUAAUUUACUCAAAGUUUUUAAUAGUUUGUCUUAAUUUACUCAAAGUUGUUAAUAAAAUGAUUUCUGAUA